AUGGGUGCGGCAUCAGUGCGGCAACAUGAAAUGCAAUUCCAGUGCAAGGGAAACAAAGCAACAAGCUCAAACAUCAAUUCGGCGAAGCUGGAACCAAAUCCUAAUACCGACAGACGAUGUCGAAGUUCACUUGUCAAUCGACCGCGCGGGACAAUCCUCACAACGAACAAGCCCCCAGGAGACGGGUUCAGUACCAGGCAAGAUGGCGUGACAGCUCGCUUGAACGCAACAAUGCCCGCGCUGGGCUGGGAGGCCGCAUUGCUGGAGCUGGCUUGGGUGGUUGCCAACCUCGCGGAAGCGACAGCGCUCAAGGGGAUGUAUGCGACUGCGGCCAUGGUGGACAGUGUGAUCUGCUGGGAGAAGUGCUUCGGCUUCACGGUGCUGAGCAUGCGGCGUGGAGAACAGGAGAGGUCGGGAGGUUCGUCGACACCUGAAGGCCGAAUCCAUGAGGCUCCAGUGCAUGGAGUUGGGAAGGAUUACCAAAGUGAUUGUGAGAAUCUAUUCUUUGCUUUUGUAAAAAUUACAAGACCCAGCCCUUGUCAUGAACAAAACCUUGUCCCCCACCCACUGCUCCAGUCUCAUCCCGACUCCCCGACUGCCCUCGGCGACGUGGGUGGGUUGCGCACCGGCGAUGGGCUGCCGCAAAGCACCGAUCCAGAUCGCACGAGGGGGCUGAGCCCCGCCCUCACCCAACUCCAUGCACUGGAGCCUCAUGGAUUCGGCCUUCAGGUGUCGACGAACCUCCCGACCUCUCCUGCUCUCCACGCCGCAUGCUCAGCACCUGUCGAGCACACGCCCGUACCAGUCAUCGUCCUCCCCAAUCCACCUUUCGCCUCCUGCUUCAAUCUUCUCUCAUCCACGUGCAUGUAUAAUAUGUGCAGCCUCGGUCGAUCACCCCCGUAUAUCAAUCAGAACCCGUUCUGCUUGUGCACACUAUCAGAUUUGCAACCUCUCUAUCACUCUCUUAGUGUAAUUCUAUAUAUCACUCACAAAGCUCUAGUUGUACACCGUGAAGCCGAAGCACUUCUCCCAGCAGAUCACACUGUCCACCAUGGCCGCAGUCGCAUACAUCCCCUUGAGCGCUGUCGCUUCCGCGAGGUUGGCAACCACCCAAGCCAGCUCCAGCAAUGCGGCCUCCCAGCCCAGCGCGGGCAUUGUUGCGUUCAAGCGAGCUGUCACGCCAUCUUGCCUGCAGUCGGCGAGCCAGUUCUGCGGCGUCCCCGUCACUUUCUCCAACAGCAGCAGCAGCAGCAGCCUGGUCGAGAGGAAACAGGGCGGGUCGAUCAGAUGCUCCGCCACUCAGAAGAGUUUGGAGGUGGGCGCCGACAUCAUCGACAAAGUGAAGCAGGACCACAAGGAGCUGGAGGAGGCGUACUCCAAUUACAAGAAGUUCCACAAGCAGGGCAACGAGGAAGAGGCCGGAUAAUGGUUCAACCAGUUCGUGUGGGAGAUCUCUCGCCAUGCCGUCACCGAGGAGCUGGUGUUGUACCCGUUGAUCGCGUCGCAGGGCGACAAGGGCCAGAAGCUGGCGGACCAGUCGCGCGACGAGCACCAGAAGACGAAGGACAUGCUGGUGGAGAUCCAGGGCAUCGAGGACGACGACCUGUUUGAGAAGAAGUUCGACGCCAUCAUGGACGUGCUGCGAGAGCACGUGCAAAAGGAGGAGUCGGAGGAUCUGGAGUACUUGAGGCAGAACGUGGACCAGGCAGCCCGCGAGGCAGCGGGAACCACAUUCGCGCUGGGCAAGAACAUCGUGCCGACGAAGCCCCAUGCGGCAGUGCCGAACAGGUCGGCGAUAGUGGAGGGCGCGCUGGGGCUGUUCGCGACUCCCUUGGACAAGCUGCGCGACGUGUUCAGGCCGUAUCCCAAGGACAACUAGAGGAGCAAUUUGUAGCUUUUUGUACAUCAGCCCCCCGUCCCGCGAGUUUGUUGUUGCAAAUAGGUGGCUCCGGGAUGGAUCAUGGAUAGGUGCGGCGAGAUUGUGUAUAUGUAACGCACCGUGUUCUGUGUGAGUGGAUUCAAAUUUGUAACGACCCUUUCAUGUCGUAAAGAAAUUGUGUGGAUGUUUUGGAACUGCGUGUUGAUCACGGAGCUCAGCACCCCACCGACUUAACUUAACAAAUUGUUUAAUGUUGGAAUUGUGAAAAA